UCAUUCAGCACAGAGACAGUGGCAGAGGAGCUGCAGGAAGUGGGAAGAUUGCACGGAGAGAACAAUGGGAGUUCAUGUCGAGACUAUCAGGCCUGGAGACGGAAGGACUUUUCCGAAGAAAGGAUCGACGGUCGCCGUGCACUAUGUCGGUACGCUGACGAACGGGCAGAAGUUUGACUCCUCCAGAGACCGAGGGAAGCCUUUCAAGUUCAAACUUGGAGAAGGUGAAGUCAUCCGUGCCUGGGAUGAAGGUGUAGCUCAGAUGAGCCUUGGUCAAAUGGCCAAGUUGACCUGCUCACCAGACUACGCCUACGGCGCCAGUGGAUACCCGCCCAUCAUCCCUGCAAAUGCCACUCUCAUUUUUGAGGUGGAGCUCCUGCAAUGCUGAGUUUUUUUACACUGAAAGUCAAUACCAAGUGUUUUUUUUUUUUUCCUUUGGGUGAGGGAGGUGUUUGUUUUUCGCCAUCCACAUGUGUCACAAAUAAUAGUUUGAUUAAAUAUGCUGUGGGAAGCCUUCGUCGGGAAGGAAUCGUUUUGUAGAAAUGUUAAAACUCGGUUUAAAAUAAGGAAAGUGAAACGCAAUCGUCACCGUGCUAAUACCGGCUGCAGCUGUGGUGCUUAGGAGGGUCCUCAGGCCCUGAGAGCUUCACCAUUUUUCUCCAAACUGGUGCGCUGUUCAUGUUCAGGCUUUCCAUUAUCAGAUGAGUAAAUAUGAAACAUAAAGACUCAGGAUUGACCACAGCUACACACGUGAAAUGUUUUGUGAUUUUUAAAAUGUGUUUUUGCAAGUGUUAAUAUCUUAAUGAAAGUGAGGCGUGUGUUAUUUUUACCACAAAGGCUGCGCACAACAUUUGGCACCAACUGAACAGCGCAGCUGUUGUGUAGAGUUAGUGUUCGCUACACUUUUAAGACUCACAUAGCUGUUUUCACCUCUCAGUAUAGGAAAUGUUUCUGCAAAAUUAAAUGAAAUAAGCAAAAAUCUAGACGUUUUCUUUGAUUUUACAAAAGCUUCAUUAAUUGGAUCUGGUCAGAUUUCUUCUAAUAAGAUAAUUUUAUAUUCACUGCAGCUCUCGGUGUUAAAUAAACUGCAUUCCUUUUCUUGCCUGUUAGAUGUUGACGCACUAAAAGGCACACAGUGAAAGUGUGUGGCACUUCUGUAAACACAGUCUUGGCAAAUUUGUUCACAAGUGUUUUCUUCCAGCGUUUAUAAAACAGUGUGGCAUUGAUUAACGGUAAAACAGCUGUUUAUUUUUCCUACACCUUUCUCCCCGCAGUAGAUUUAGUCUGUUUGGUUUACACCUUAAAGCAAUCACACAGGAACAAAAAAGGCAAAACAUUAUUAGUAUUUGGUGAUUUUUGUUUUGAUAUUUGACAUGUUCCUUAAACUGGCUACUAAGUGUUCAAGUCAGCUUUUUAGACCUGAAGUGUCCUUGUUAUUUCACUACAAAACCUGUUUUUGUUUAGUUUUCUUUUUCUUUUCUUGUUUUAAACCUGCAUUGUCUUGCGUUUCCUACCUGUGGUUGUUCCAGUCUAACAAUAAAACAGGAUGCUGUACAAAUGUU